AUGGCGCGGUUUGGAGAUGAGGUACCGGGCAGGUACGGCGGGGGGCCCGGCGGAGGGGGCCCGGGCGGCCGCGGCGGGAGUAGGCAAGGAGGACCUCAUGGACACGGCCACGGGCACGGCCAUGGGCACGGCCACGGGCACGGACACGGUCCACCCGGAGGUCCGGGGGCCCAGAGAAUGUACAAGCAGUCUAUGGCGCAGAGGGCCCGGACCAUGGCCCUCUAUAACCCCAUCCCCGUGCGCCAGAACUGCUUCACGGUCAACCGCUCCCUCUUCAUCUUCAGUGAGGAUAACUUCAUCCGGAAAUACGCCAAAAAGAUCACCGAAUGGCCAUAUCCUUUACCUGCUGCUGUUAGAGAGAGAGUCAAAGGUGAGGGGUAG